GAGUCCUUAGGAGUGGGUUCACAUGACAAAGCUCUCAGGUAUGAUUUAGCAGCAGAUUUAAAGCAGGUAGUAAAGCGCGAACUGACUGGACCAUUGGGUGCUCGCCUCUUUGAUAAAGCUGUGAUGUACAAGUCAACCUCUCUAGCAGAGCCAGUUUAUUUUGAGUUUCCUGAAUUUAAAGGUCAUUCACGCCGAGAUUACUGGCUGGCAAUAAUUCAAGAAGUCUUACAAGUGCAUAGAUUCAUCAGAAAGUUCAAUCUUGAAGAAAUUCAACAGGGAGAAGCUCUUUCAAAGGCUGCUUUGGGCAUCUUCAGAUACUGUGCUGUGAAAGAAGCUUUCCAUAUUACUCCCUAUCACUUUAAGAUUACGCUUGCUUUUAAGUUAGCUGAAAAAUUACCCAAAGGUGACGUGAUCUUGGAAGCUCUAUAUAAUCACCUGGAACUACUGCAUACCGGAAAUCAGAACCAUUUUGUCAGUGAUUCUUCAUCUGAUAAAAAGUUUCAGGCUCUUCCUUUACCAUCUUCAUCAUAUACACUUUUUAAAAUGGGCUUACUGAAAAGGAAAAAUAGGAUUAACAAAAGAGAUUUCCUUGUUGCUGUUGUCUGCAUUGGUGCAACAAGUCCUUUAGAGAUGGCUGUAAAAGAGUCACUUUGUCACUCUGAAAUAGCUGAGGCAGCAUGUGCAACAGUGGAUCAGGUGAAAGUGGAAGGGAUUGAUAGAAACAUAGCUGUGAUGCAGGAACUGCUUAACCCCGUUGUCGAAUCUGGCAAAUGGCUUCACUUUCUAGCCACAUGGGAAGAUCCAUUUAGAUCAACGUUCUUCUUGGUUUUGAUUCUUUACCUUUCUUACAGGGAUUGGGUCAGGCACAUAUUGCCUUGCAUUUUCUUAUCUCUCGCCAUUCUCAUGCUUUGGCAAAAAUACUGCAGCAAAAGGAAACAUUUGGGAGCUUUUCGGAUCAAAUCUCCCCCUACUAAAAAUGCAGUUGAGCAACUUUUGACUUUGCAAGAUGCAAUUGCCAAAGUAGAAACCCUUGUUCGGGCAGGAAAUAUUUUUCUUCUCAAGUUAAGAUCUCUCUUGUUUGCAGCAAUCCCGAAGGCCACUGAUGAGGUUGCAUUCACAUUGAUCAUGGUAGCAGCAUUGAUUGCCAUUGUUCCAUUUAAGCAUGUAAUAAUGUUGGUGGUCCUUGAGGCAUACUCAAGGGAGAUGCCAUGGAGGAAAGAGAGCAGUGAGAAGUUGACAAGGAGACUAAAGGAGUGGUGGGCACGCAUACCGGCAGCCCCUGUUCAGCUCAUCAGACCAGAAGAUAACAAGAAAAGGAAAUGAAAGAGCUCAUCAUUGCAAUCAUAUUUUUCCUCAAUUUUUGAGCUCGUCAUUGAGUAAUCCUUUCUUCCAUUUUCCGUUGGUGUUGUAUAUUUGUACAUAAAUGUCUGCCAGAAGGAAAUGUGGGAUCUUAGCAUAGUAGCAUAUUAUUCUGAGGUGUUCCUGCGAUGUCGCAUGGAUGGAGAAUGGUCAUAAAGUUACAGGUGAGGGAAUUCUGUGAAUAUGGCUUUGCCUGAGAGGGUCCAGUAUUGUUUCACAUGUAAUUUUUGUCGCUACUUCGAGCCUUGCAUAAAUCAGGCUGACUUGCCUAGCAAACUAUAUAUAUGGUUUGUUGUUUUUUAUAUUUCAACAACAGUUCUGCUGAAAUCAAAAAUCAAGUUGGAAGCAAUUGGCUGGUUUAAUAGGAACUGCUGUUCUGAAUACUAUGAUUCUGAAAAUUUGUAAAUAUUUAUAUUCAUCCA